AUGGUCUUCAAUGACUUCCUGCUGCAGGUUGGGGGCAUCAGCCACUGCCAGCAGGUCCAGAGCACUCUGUUGAUUCUGCCCCUGCUCCUAACAUUUUUGCACAACACCCUGCAGAACUUCACCGCCGCUGUCCCCACCCACCACUGCCGCCCACCUGCCGACACCAACCUCAGCAAGGACGGGGAGCUGGACGCCUGGCUGCCCCGGGACAGGCAGGGGCGGCCCGAGUCCUGCCUCCGCUUCACCUCCCCCUCAGCAGGGACCCCCUUUCCCAAUGACACAGAGACCAGCAGCACGGGGGCCACAGAGCCCUGCACCCACGGCUGGAUCUAUGACAAUAGCACCUUCUCUUCCACCAUCGUGACUGACUGGGACCUCAUAUGCACACACAAGACCUUGCCACAGCUGAGUCAGUCCAUCAUCAUGGCAGGAGUACUGGUCGGAAACUUGAUGUUGGGGAUCAUGGCAGACAGGUUCUUCAUUGAGUCUGCCCUCUGGCAUUCCUCCUUGGGGAACCUGGACCUCACCCUGAAGGCCCUGCGGAGAGUGGCCCAGAUCAAAGGUAAACAGAAAGAGGGUGUCAAGCUGAGUGUGGAGCUGCUCCGAAUGAGUCUGCAGAAGGGCCUGACCAUGAGCCGAGCCUGGCCCUCGACGCUGCAGCUGCUGCGCUCCCCUGCCAUCCGCCAGCUCUUCCUCUGUAUCGUGCCACUGUGGUUUGUACUCCUUUUCAGCUUCUACGGCUUGAUCAUGGGUCUGCAAAGUUUGGGGAUUAACAUCUACCUGACCCAGGUGCUCUUCACAACUGUGGACCUACCAUUUUAUUUCCUGGGCUUUCUGACCACCAAAUCACUUGGCUGCAAGCAUACCCAAAUGGGCUCCUUGCUGCUGUCAGGGAACUUCAUUCUGACCUGUGCAAUGAUACCCCUGAGAGGUCCAAGUGUGACAACCACCUUGGCCAACAUAGGCAGCAUUCUGAGCCCACUGGUGGGCAUGACCUCCGAGCUCUACCCUUCCCUGCCUCUCUUCAUCUAUGGUGCGGUCCUUGUGGCUGCCUGCCCCAUCACUGUUCUCCUGCCAGAGACUCUGGGGCUGCCACUGCCCAACACACUGCAGGACCUGGAGAGAAGCCCCACCCGCCAUAAGGACUACGCAGCGCCCCGCAGGUUCAGGCCGCGCGAGGAGCCCCUCUCCGGGCCGCCCGAACCCAUCCUUUCUUCGGAAGCUGACCUCGAGGCUUCGGGGCUGGUGGAGCCGGGCUCUUGA